GUAACGAAUAUGGCUGCCUGUCAGUCGUCACAAUAGUUUUUCAGACAGCUUUUGAUAAUUUAUUUCUGAUCGACUUCAUUUUAUGUGUAAGAUAUCAUCAAAAAACAUAAUUUUUUGAAGCAUUAUAGGUAAACGCCAAGGAUGACUAACUGGGGAGGAGGUCAGGCCCCAGGGUUGGGACAGGUUCAACAGGCCCCAGGGUCCGGACAAGUCCAGUUCUUUGAUCCAACAGCCUUCCAGAACACCCCUGCCUCCAGCCAGCAAUCGUUCCAACAACAGGGUGGUGUAGGUCAGCAAGCUUUUGCUGGACAGAACCACCAGGUGAAUGCUGAUAACCAGGAAAGCAGUGAAGGAUGGAGCUCCUGGGGUGCGUGGGACCCAGGUGCAAACCCAUAUGCUCAGGAAUUCUCUGGCCAGCCAGACCCUGCGGGCAAAGACCAGUCUCAGUCUGGGGCCUCAGAGUAUCCUACAGCAACAGCUGGGGACCAGCAGCAGUGGUAUGGCCAGAAUCAGUGGAGCCAACCACAGGACAAUAGUGUUAGUGGGAACCAGUGGGAACAGAAUGGCUACAUUUGGGACCAAAACAGUAGUCAGUGGGUCAUAAAACAAGGUGAUUACGGUGCUGGGGGAGAGCAGAAUCAGUAUGCUGGUUAUAAUAACUAUUGGGGUGGACAGAAUGGAAAUGACAGUGAAGGUCAUAAUAACCUUGUUCAGCAUGGUAAUGUGCAGAAUGUAGCUGGUGGAUCUGUCAAUUUUUAUGACCCUAAUGUGCAGUAUAAUCAGCAAACCAACCCACCAAUGAAUAACUCUGGAGUUCCAUUUUCUGAUGUUUCCCAGAGUGAUGCUAAUUCUAGUGAUCAGAGACCUCAUAAUGAACUGGACAAUUCACUCUCUACAGAAGAGGAAAGUCAAAGUACAGCUCCAUCUCUGGGUAACAUUGAGGGUGGAGUGACAGAUGUCUCAUAUAACAAUGAAGACUAUGAUGAGGAUAGUGAUGAUUCUGAUGAAUCAGAGGAAGAACUAUCAGAGUCCCAUGUAGGGUCAAGCAGUAAUCAUAGUGCCGGUGCUACUUUUGAAAAUGAAAAUGAGCAAAACAAGAAAGAAAGUCACGGUUUUAAUUAUAAUCAGGAACAUAUACAAUCUGGUGAAAAUAGCAAUUUUCUUGGUGUAGGUUUACCUGAAAGUGUUAACAAUCAAAUGCAGUUAUUAAGAAUACAAGAUAAUGUUGUGUCUCAACCUAGUGGUCAAAUUCCCGUGGAUAUUAAUUCCAGUAUUCCCAUGUAUUCUGGUCAAAUGCCUUUUGAUCCACAUGCUCAGUAUCAGCAAGAUGUUCCAAUGUAUCAAAAUACCCAAGUAAUGUCAAACCUUCCACCAUCUGUACCUUCAACUGGGGAGAGUUUGCUGAAUGUUCCUCCUUCUGCAGAGAGUGGUGGUUCCUGGCCUCCAACACAGGAGAGUUACUCAAAAGAAAGCAUUGAAGAGCAACCUGAGAGUCAACCACAAGCAACAACUACGCCAACCUUCAGUGACUGGGAACUAGUGCCAAACAGUGAAGUUGAGCAACCACUAGCUGCACAACUGGAAACGCCUCCUGUAGCACAAUUGGAAACACCUCAUGUAGCACAAUUGGAAAUGCCUCCUUCAAGUGUUCACAGUAGAAAUGCCUCCAUUGAUAACAAUGUGAAGUUCUUUAUCAGUUCAAACAAUAGCUCGGCUAGAGGGUCGCCUUCUAGCACUGGAAAAGCCACUGAGGAUGACCUUCUACAGGAGCAUGAAAAUAAAGUGACCAAUCCUCGCAUUCAGAAACCUGUAAACAAAGAAAUACAUGACAAUAUUGCCAAAUCCGAAGUUGCUCAAAUAAGUGCGCCUCCUCCUCCAAUGGCAGGCAGUGGGCCAAAGGGAGGUAACCCAUUCAGGAAAGGUAAACUUGAAGUUGGUCAGGAAGAUGUCAGUCUUCUGUCUUCAACCCAGCUUGAUGUCACCAAGCCAAACUAUGAGAAUAGCCCUGUGGUGUUAAAUCAGUCAAUAUCACCUAUAAUGGGACACAUAGACCAAAACAAGAUGAGAGACCAAUCUGAGAGUCCUGAUUUAAAUGAUGAUAAACCUCAAGGAAAUAUAACAGAUACACCUGUCUCAUCACAGUCAAAGAAAACCAUUGGAAAUGUCAAACAAAGCCCUAUUAUGCCAAGAAAGGAAAGUGCCUUCCAGCCUCUAAAACAAGAAGGUAAAAACAAACCAGUCAAGGCUUCCCAUGAAAUUCCCGGAAUAGCUGAACAGGAACAGAAGUCAAGGCCAAACACUGGAAAACCUUCAAGUGGGGAGAGAAGAGGGAGAUAUUCACCUGAUAUGGACAAUGGUAGAGGUCGAAGAACACCAGAAUGGGAAAGUCAAGAUAGGCAGGCAGAAAGGAAAGGAGGUUCAGAAUAUGAUAAAAAAUAUGGAAGAAGAACACCUGACUGGGAUUCUUCACAACGCAAAGGAGGUCGGAGAAGCCCUGAUAGAGAAAAGGACCGGUAUGGGCGGAGUUCUGAUGGGGACAAGCUGACCUCCAGACCCCCGGCUGGGCCCUACGGUGGGGACAAGGAAAGGGAUCGGCCUUCCAGGUCCCGGCAAUCAGCAUUCCAUCAUAUACAUGUGAGCAGAGGCAAGAAUAAUGUGUCACCAGCUGCCUCCCUGCUUGACGUUGCUGAUGCCCCAGCUAUGCCAAAUAUACUGUUAAUGCCUGUAGCAUCAGCUGCUGGGACUGGAAAUAAUACAAAUGUCAGUGAGGCAAAUGCUCCAUUAGAGCUCAACCCUAUUGUUUCUCUGAUCAGUUCCAUGAGUGAGCAUAUCAAGUCAGAUGACGUUGAAGAUGGUAAAGAUAACAGUCAUUCGAGGAAGAAAGAUGAUGAUGAUAGAGACAAAAGUAGAAAGGAUAAAGAAAGAUAUAGAGAUAAAGACUCUAGUGAGCGGGAACGUUACAGGGAUGAUCGUGAUUAUAGAGACUCUAGGGACCGUGAUAGAUAUCGUGAUAGAGAUCGGGACAGGGACGGUAUCCGUGGAAACCAUUCAUAUGACAGUUUGCGUGAUAGAAACUUGAAGGAUUCAAGAGCCACAUCACGAGAACAGUUGAGUAUGUAUGACUCGAGGACUUCUCUGGAUCAGGAUGAUUCACGAGACCGAGGAAAGCGCGUGGAUAGCAAGGAACGCAGAUACAGAGACGACCAUGAUAAAUACAGGGACCGAGAUCGACCAUCCAGUCGUGGAUCGAUACUGGACAGUAGUAGUAGACGAGACUAUCGUGAUCGGGACAGGGACCGGGAUCGAGAGUACUACAGGAGAGAUCGAUAUGAUCGCGACAGGCCCAAGUCCAGACAAGGUGAGCGAGACCGACCAGUGUCACGCAUCGCCGACUCAGAGAGACCUCGUUCUAGGAACGAUUAUGACAAAGACUACAGGGACAGGACCAGAGUUUCAGGGUAUGACUAUGAUGAAUACUAUCGGCGUGCUCCCCGGGAGUACUAUGACCAACGUUACUAUGACUACUACUAUGGCACCUAUGACCAGAGUUACUAUGGCGACCAGAGCUACUAUCAGGAUGUUCCAAGGUACCCUGACCCCUACCAGCGUCGACCCCGCACGGGGACACCAGGGUCUCUUUCGGAUGGGGGAGAGGAAAUCACUAGUCUAGCAGAAAAGAACAAAACACCCGAUGUGAAAUCUGAUAAAAAGAAGAGAUUUGACUACCCACCAGAAAUUUACGACUACUCGCGGAGCGGGUACGAGGACUACUAUGGUUACGAGCAGAAUGGCUACAGAUGGGACCCCCAUGUCUCUGCUUGGGUGGAGACCACAACUGAGGUGAUACCCCAAAGACAGACCCCUGAGAAAUUCAUGAUACCUCACAUGAGGGCCUGUUUUGGUCCAAAUGGUCAACUUGUCAAGGUGCUACCCAACCGGCCAGCCGAUGGUCAGCCCGCCACAGUGGAGAUACACAGUGUACAGACAUUGCUGGACGGGAAUGAGGAAGCCGAGGAGUUAGAGGAGUAUCCUGGUCCCCUUGUCAGGGGUGACACCCACAAAAACGAUGUGCUGAACUUCUGCCAACAGAAGGCCAAAAUGUGUGUGGAAAACAUGGACCUCCAGGACCGCGAUUCUGCGGAGCUCAUCUGGAGGUUCCUUGAACUGCUUAUAAAACAAAACGGGACUGUAGUGGGCACAGACAUAGCUGACCUUAUACUUCAAGGCCACGAGCCAACAACCCUUGAGUACCGACGCUCAGGUAUGAAGAUCACGCCGAGUGCGGACGCACUGGAUGCCGACGAUGGGGAAAGUGAGGACUCCUCGCGUUUGUCAAGGGGCACUACUCCUGUAGACCGAGCCCUCGUUAAUAAAGGGAGAUCAGUGGAGGAGUGCACAGACAGGUUCAGGCACCUGCUCAUGUAUGGCAGGAAGAAGGAUGCGUUAGACUGGGCCAUGAAAAAUAACCUUUGGGGCCACGCCUUGUUCCUGGCUAGCAAAAUGAACCACACCGCACACGCCAACGUUAUGAUGAGGUUUGCCAAUGUGGCCAUGAGGAUGAAUGACCCCCUACAGACCGUGUACCAGUUGAUGUCCGGGAGGCAGCCUGCGGCCGUCACUUGUGUGACAGAGGAGCGUUGGGGAGACUGGCGGCCCCACCUUGCCAUGAUUCUCUCAAACAACACGGCUAAACCCGACCUGGACAGGAAAUGCAUCAUGACACUUGGAGAUACGCUAGCAUCCAAGGGUUUUCUGCAUGCAAGCCACUUCUGUUACCUGAUGUCCCAGAUCUCCUUUGGCUCAUUCAACAAGAAGUCGUCUAAGAUCGUGCUGAUUGGCUCCAGUCACGGCUUGCCCCUCGAGUACUUUGCCACUAAUGAGGCCAUACAGUGUACCGAGAUAUAUGAGUACGCUCGCUCUCUCGCUAACACCUGGCUCAACCUGAAUAACUUCCAGACCUUCAAGUUCCUGUAUGCUACCAGGCUGGCAGAUUAUGGAUAUGCUCAAGAUGCUCUGCAAUACUGUGAGGUGAUCUCUCGACAAGUGAACACCAACCCUGUCUUCUAUACCCAUGUUCUAGUCAAACUCCUAUAUGAUCUAUCUAGCCAGCUAAAGUUUAGUGACCCGCAAUUGGAGGAGUCAGAAGAUGAGCAGGAUCCUGAUUGGUUGAGGAGCCUCCAUACAACACUUGUGCAAUUUGAGGAGGGUGCAAUACAGUCCCAUUCUGGCACAGUCACCCCGGCGUACCUGGGGGGCCGGACUACAGCCAGCAGUGACAGUGGGGAGGUUGGAAUGUACAUGCAGCAGCCAGACCAACAAGGGCAGGGCAUGUUAUACUUGAACUCGACCAGUGGAGUGUACAGCCAGGAUUCCCAGUAUCAACACCAGUCUGGGUAUGAGGGCAGUCAGGAGUCACAGUAUCAACACCAGCCCGGGUAUGAGGGCCACACCCAGGCCUACCAGGCCCCAGACGGUAGCCACCAGAACCACUUUGACCAGGGGCAGGUAACUCAGGGCACAGGUCAGGAAGGUCAGACUAUGGACACAACUGGGUACUACCAGCAGCCAGGGGCAGAUAACCAGUACCAAUAUCAGCAGGAUCCAUCGUUCCAGCACCAAGAGGCAGAUGGUGCCAACUAUGGUCAGACUCAAUGGCAGGACCACCAGGCUUUGACCAAUCACAGUACAGGAACUGAACCUACCAAUGAGGAGCAGGCACCGACAGAAGUAGCCAAUCAGCAGCAGGCAGAGCCCACACAUCCAGAAUAUGCCAACACUGGAGAAUACCAUAAUUAUGUGCCGAAUCACUGGUCACAUGGUCAUCAAAGGGGACAACCAAACUUCCCUGCGGAUGUGAACCUCGGGGAAAGUCAGACAUCAGCAGUUUCAGGCCAGUCCACACAGUCAGGAAUGUCGAACAAGCGGAACAGUAUAGCGUCUGAAUCCAGUGUCACUCCAGAUGAGGGUGAAGAUCAUACAGACAGUAAUGCAGGCUAUGUCCAACAGCCGAGUAUAUUUGACCUGCAGCCUGCUGGGGGCCGUAUUGUUGCCCCCAAACUCAGGCCCCGUACCAUCUCAGAAAGUAGUACUGGGAGUGGGCCAAGAGACAGACAUCCGUCUGGACCUGGGUCUAAGUCACAGAAGACAGCUGACAAUGGGAAAGACCCUGGACUGGGAGGCAAACAAAAGGCCAGUGGAGGUGGUCUGCUGUCCAAGAUUGGAGGGCUUUUCUCCCGGAAAAAUGAAAUGAAGUUACCUGAUGAUAAAGAACCAUCGAUUGUAUGGGACCCAAACAAGAAGCGCUGGGUGGACAAGAACGCUGAUGAAGUAGAGGAGGCCCCUGCCCUCCCACCCCCUAAAGACCAUGAGCUUUCCACACCAGGGCCCCAGCCUCAAAGUCAGCCCACCAAUCCAGGCCCAGCAGCUCCAGGCCCCGCCCCAACCCCCUCUAACAUACCGUCUGGGGGUAACAAGUUCUCCAGGAAAAACUCGAAGGGUUUUGGAGCACGGAAGCAGUAUGUAGAUGUGCUGAACCCGAACCCAGGAAACUCUACAAAUGUUCCCAGCAGCCUCUUCCACACAUUACCAAACUCCAAAUCAGCUCCCGCCAUAUUCAACCCCAUGUCUCUGAAUGAUGGUUCAUCCGAGUCCCAAGACUCGAUUCCUGAAGAGGAAAGUAGCUCAGGGGCAGAUUACACCAACCAACAGGCAAAACCAGCUGGACACCAGCAGUUAGCUCCCGUGCAAGAAAAUCUAUCUAGAGCCAGUUCAGGGAGCUCUCUAUCGCGAGAGGUUCAGAAAAUUAUGAAGGUUCCCUCAGAGCCGGACACUAAUAGUGGGGGCGGCUCUUCCAUGCCGGCGAUGUUCAACCCAACCCAGUUUCAGCCAGCCAAUCAGGCGUUCAAGCAACCGGCACCGCCUGCCCCUGGCCACAGGCUCUCUAGUAGACGAGUCUACCCAAAACGCUAAUAUUGGAGUGGGGAGGGGCACAGUGAUAAGGGGGUGGUGAAUGUCUUUGAAGGAAGGGAUGGUGUAGUUUGAAUGCAAGGCGGCAAGGUUGCGGCAAUGACAUUUCUGAAAACACAUGUUUUAUACUAGAAAAAGUGUUGUAAAAUGCAAAUGUUCGGAGGGAAAGAUUGUGUUAGACCGACUUUGUUAAUGGACAGACGAGCUAGUGAUGGUACAAUGCAUGUUAAACCAGAUUCUGUGUCUGUGUUUGUAGAAAAGAUGGCAUUAUUAGAUACAAAAUUAUGCAUAUAGAAACAAGGGCUUAAGGUGUGGAAUAUUUGGUUUGGUGAAUAGAAAUAGUAAACUAGUACAGCUGCUCACCCAGUGUUCAUUUCUCAUGUCUUGUGUUAAAACAAGUUCAUAUUCGCAGUUAUACUGGCAAACUCUACCCUUUUAAGAGGAUUUUACUCCAUUUGGAAAUAACUCACAUUCUGUUUAAGAAGACAGUUCGGUAAUGGUUAUUUUCAGUGAGGAAUAGGACAACAUAACAUUAGCAAUGAUUUUAUUAUGUCUCCCCCUCUCUGGGGGAGACAUAUUGUUUUUGCCCUGUCCGUCAGUCCGGUAGUCCGGUAGUCCGUCAGUCCGUCAGUCCGUCCGUACGUCACACUUCGUUUCCGAUCGAUAACUGGAAAACCGCAUGACCUAGGAUCACCAAACUUGGUAGGGAGGUUGGUCAUGAGGUGUAGAAGAUCCCUAUUGUUUUUGGGGUCACUAGGUCAAAGGUCAAGGUCGCGGCGACCCCCAAUGUAAAAAACAUUUCCGCUCAAUAUCUUGACAAUGGUUUGACCUAGGUUCACCAAACUUGGUAGGGAGGUUGGUCAUGAGGUGUAGAAGAUCCCUAUUGUUUUUGGGGUCCCUAGGUCAAAGGUCAAGGUCGCGGCGACCCCCAAUGUAAAAAACAUUUCCGCUCAAUAUCUUGAGAAUGGUUUGACCUAGGUUCACCAAACUUGGUAGGGAGGUUGGUCGUGAGGUGUAGAGGAUCCCUAUUGUUUUUGGGGUCACUAGGUCAAAGGUCAAGGUCGCGGCGACCCCCAAUGUAAAAAACAUUUCCGCUCAAUAUCUUGAGAAUGGUUUGACCUAGGUUCACCAAACUUGGUAGGGAGGUUGGUCGUGAGGUGUAGAGGAUCCCUAUUGUUUUUGGGGUCACUAGGUCAAAGGUCAAGGUCGCGGCGACCCCCAAUGUAAAAAACAUUUCCGCUCAAUAUCUUGAGAAUGGUUUGACCUAGGUUCACCAAACUUGGUAGGGAGGUUGGUCGUGAGGUGUAGAGGAUCCCUAUUGUUUUUGGGGUCACUAGGUCAAAGGUCAAGGUCGCGGCGACCCCCAAUAUAAAAAACAUUUCUGCUCAAAAUCUUGAGAACGGUUUGACCUAGGUUCACCAAACUUGGUAGGGAGGUUGGUCAUGAGGUGUAGAAGAUCCCUAUUGUUUUUGGGGUCACUAGGUCAAAGGUCAAGGUCGCGGCGACCCCCAAUGUAAAAAACAUUUCCGCUCAAUAUCUUGAGAAUGGUUUGACCUAGGUUCACCAAACUUGGUAGGGAGGUUGAUCAUGAGGUUUAGAAAACUCCUAUAUUUUGGGGGGUCACAAGGUCAAAGGUCAACGUCGCUGUGACCUCUAAUGUAAAAAAAUAUUUCCGUGCAAUAUCAGGAGAAUGCUUUGAUCUAGGUUCACCAAACUUUGAAGUGAGGUUGGUCAUGAUGUCUAGUUGAUUUUGCAAUCAGUUGGUCAAAGGUCAAGGUCACUGACCUUGAGGUGAAGAACCGGUUUCUGCUCAAUAACUCAAGAACGUUUACACCCAGGAACUUCAUACUUGGUAUGCCAGUUAGUCAUGACUAGUUGAUGGCCCCUAUUGAUUUUGGGAUCCAUCAUUGAUUAUUUCUCACCUACGACCACACAAUGGGGGAGACAUGCGCUUUUUCAAAAAAGCAAUCUCUAGUUGCUAUCAAAUAUUAUCCGGUAUUGAUGUGGUGAAAUCUUUGGUAUUGCCUUUAGAUAAAACAUGCAAUUUAUGGAUACAAAUAUCCGGUAUAAGUUUGCAAAUCCAGUUUGCUUGCAAACUUAGUUUUUUUAUUAUCUUAGAUAUCAACUUCAAAAGCGACACAUAGAAAGUUUGCCCAUUGCCAUGUCAUGAUAUUAUUGCUCAUUAAUUUAAUAUUGUAGAUUAUUCAAGAAAAUAACAUUGCAAGAUGUUACCUGAUUUCGAGUAUUACAUCGGUGUUUUCACUUGUGACGUUGUGUGCAAUCUAAAACAGUGAUCUUAUAUACAACUGCGUCAGAUUUGCGAAUAAGAUAAUAAAAAAACUAAGUUUGCAAGUAAACCAGAUUUGCAAACUUAUACCGGAUGCUGUUUUAAUACAAUUAUAGAUAAUUAUUGGGGCUGCUUUGUAGUUACAUAUACAUAACUUCUAGGAGCACAGUGUUAUUAUUUUGGGUUUAACCUUAUUCUAGUCCACAUUAGGGUUAGUAUUUCGUUUGUUGUGGCGGGACAAAAUGAUAUGUCAUACCAUUGUCAUAGAUUUGAAAUCACGAAAGUAAUGUGUUUGUAUGAUAAAAGCAAUGUUUGGAUGUAAAUGUCAUUUCCCUUGUUUUUAAUCAUGUAUUUGAAUGAUUAAGAAAAAUGUUUGUAUAGAUGGAGAAACUAGAAUUGUUGACAAUUCUCCACCGUAAACACGGUUGUAAUGUUUCAUAAGAAAUUGUUGUAGUAGCUGAUAGGCAUAACAGUGCAAUUUGUUCAGAUUUGAUAUUUUAAUUAUUCACUAUGUACAUGCAUACCAUUAUAUUUUGCUUGGAUAAUUCUAUUUUAGUCUUCAUUUCUUUAAAGUUUUAAUAUACAUGUACAUUGUACAUGGAUAUUGCAAUUUUAAAAACAUGUGACUAUUUUAUAAUGAAGUAAUUUAUUGAUGAUGAAAUAAAGAUUGUUCAUACAGGUAUAGUGAAUGUUGCUUGUGUGUAUUGACAUGUAUUUCUGCACUUGUUACAUUCCCAUUCCUUUGUUUCAUUCUAACACCUGUUAACUGUCUUUUUUUGGUGUUGCCUCCGAAAUAUGAUCUACACAUAGGGAUGACUUUGUCUGGGGUCAUCUGUGUCAUGGAUAACUUUGUCUGGGGUCAUCUGUGUCAUGGAUAACUUUGUCUGGGGUCAUCUGUGUCAUGGAUAACUUUGUCUGGGGUCAUCUGUGUCACAGAUGACUUUGUCGGGGGUCAUUUGUGUCAUGGAUGACUUUCUCUGGGGUUGUCGUGUGUCACAUUACGUUCCAAUUUAUUACUUUUAAAUGACUUAAGUCAUUAUCAGUAGAUGAGCCUUAUUGAUUUUAGGUAAAUAGAGCAAAGUUUACAACCAUGGUGACCUCUACAUGAAAAAAAUGAGCACUCUGACAGAUGAUACAUCAGAUUUGGGGAAUUCUAGUUUUAUUAAAAUUGGAAAGUAAUCAUAGCAUUAGCCAUGGGAACACUGACAAUUUGAAUGUUUUAACGUUUUGGAUGAAUUUAGAAUUGUUAUGGAAUUUUUAAACAAAAAUUACUUAACUGUAUGAUAGGGUUCAGAAUAUUUUCCAGAAUACAACAUAAAGUGCUGAAAGUAAUGAAUAAAUGAUGCCAUAACUAUUAAACACACUGUGUAGUUUCAAAUAUGUUGUUAUUAUUUUACAGAUAGGAUAUUUAUUGCAGAAUAUUUAUUGCAUUACAUGCUGUUAUUUAUUUGAAUUUGAGAAACUUUAUUUAUCUUCUUCUUAUUUGUAAGAAAAAGUGUACUUUAUUUGUUGAUGUAUCACAUUUAAGUGAAAACGAUGUCUGUCUGGGUGUUGAGAUAAAUAUAUUCAUAAACAGAAUUUGGAUUGAGUUCAAUGUGUAAACAAUGUAAGUACCAGUACUGUGUUGGAUAGGUUAUUUUCUUUAUUAAGUCGAUCAUGAUAUGUGGCAAUUAACUUUAAAAAGAAAAUUAUGACCGAUUAUUAUAUAGAAUAAAGGAAUAGGUUUUCGGUUUUGAUGCUCAUCAUUAUACUUGACCAUCAUUUGAUAAAAGUUUAAAAGGAAAUUCUUAUUUAAAUUUAAAAUAAAAGUAUGUUGAAACUGCUAUUGUUGGCUUGGCUGCAUUGUCUGUCAUCAUGCAAAAACUUUACCAUAACUCAAAAACUGUUAAACUUUGUGCACAAGUUGCAAGAAACAGGUAUAGCAAGGUCCUUAACUCUGACUUUGAUAAAUGUAGAGUUCUGCCCAUUGUUUGACUGAAAAACAACAGUUAUAGACGAGCAUUAAUGUAUUCUCCCUUGCGCUAUUGUUUGUUAUUACAUCCACGGGAUGGGUCAUUUUAGCAGUUAACAUGUUGUGAAUGGGAUCAUUUUGCUGUGGUCAUUCUUGCAUUUGAUUUAGAAAAGAUAAAGUAAACACAACAGAUUUGUAAAUUUUUGUUUUCCAAAUAUUACUUUUUUUUUCUUGUAAAAAUAUUAAAAUCCCAGCCUUCCUUCUGUUUUACAGUUGUACAAACAUCCUUUUUUAUUUAUAAAUAUUGUUCUAAAUGAGAUAUUGUAAUUCUUUGUAAAAACAUUUGACAAAAUGAUGUUGACUGUAGACUGUUUGAUGCUGCAAAGAUGUGGUGUAUGAGUGUGCGUUACCUUGUUAAAGAUUAAAGCGGUGUAAAUAAACGAUCUCUAUAAAUAA